AUGGCCGAAAUCAUUGGGGUUGUCGCGAGUUCGUACGCCCUUGGGCAAGCUUUCGUGACUCUACGAAAGCUCAAGGCGAUCCUCGAAGCUGCAAGGCUCGCCGAGUACGCCCAAAUCUUUGAGAGUCUACCACAGAGCGACCACAUCGGUCGGUUGGGCCCUGAGUUAGAGCUUGCAAGGACCAAACUCAAAAACGUUGCCGAUGGUCUGGCAGCUCUCUGCGCCCGAUGCUGUAAGGCUGACGGCGAGCGUUCCUCAAAGGCUAAGAAGGUGAAAUGGCUUUAUCUCCAGAGUGGCAUGACUAAAAUGCAGACGGAAGCCCACAACGCCAUGGAUAUAUUGCAGGGCUUUGUUGGCCACUGUAAUGCCAGGUUGGUUUGCCCGCGAGGAGUUGCACAUGCCGCACCUUCCUAA